GUAGUCAGCGGGUUGGUUGGGCUUGUGUUUACAGCUCGGCUGGAUGCUGUUGGCUGCUGAUGUUACUGGGAAAGUGCAAUGUUGUGCCAACCGCCCGUGGAAUAAAUAUUACCGUGGGAAUACAGGUGAUUUUGCUCAUCAUCUCCCACCACUUCCUCCCGUCUUCCAUUCAUGAGCAGCGUGGCUGAGUUUAACAGCGGCAGCCAUGGAUGACAAGGGCUCGGUGGGGAAGAUUAGCGUGUCUUCGGACUCAGUGUCCACUCUCAACAGUGAGGACUUUGUCCUUGUGUCCCGGCUGGGGGACGAAACACCGUCCUCCACUAAUAAUGGUAGUGAUGACGAAAAGACAGGACUGAAGGUGAUUUCUGAGGAAGGGGUCAGCUUUAAGAUUGUGGGGAAUGGAAGUGAGCAGCAGCUCCAGAGGGAGUUAGAAGAUGUCCUCAUGGACCCAUCGGUAGCUGACACUGGGACUGGAUCGGAGACGGGAAUGGAUAGCCUUGGCGGGGGCGACCACGGCCACCUUCUUACCACGGCGUCACCCGUACCGCCGGGCUCUGACCCUCUGAGCGCACCGCCACCCAAGUUGGAGAUGGUGCUUCCUGUUCAGACGGCGCAGGAGAGUGAGCUGAAUGAGAGGUCGUACAGAGGAGAUGAAUCAUCAUCAGAAGGCAGUCCCACCAGUCCGAUUCCAGAUGAGGACAGCGUAGUGUUCAGCCAGCUGACAUAUCUGGGGUGUGCCUCGGUAAAUGCCCCCCGGAGCGAGGUGGAGGCCCUCCGCAUGAUGAGUAUCCUGAGAGGGCAGUGCCAACUCCCCCUGGAUGUCACACUGUCUGUGCCAGGAGUGUCUGAAGGCACUGUCAGGUUGUUGGAUCCUCACAAUGGUACAGAAAUUGCCAACUACCCCAUCUAUAAGAUUCUGUUCUGUGUACGAGGCCAUGACGGAACACCAGAGAGCGACUGCUUUGCCUUCACUGAGAGCCAUUACAAUGCCGAGAUCUUCAGGAUCCAUGUGUUCCGCUGCCAAAUCCAAGAGGCGGUGAGUAGGAUACUGUACAGUUUUGCCACAGCCUUUCGGCGGUCAGCUAAGAAGGCAGUUCUGUCGUCUCAGCAGUCUGCUCCGCUCACCCCUGACAGCGACUUGUUUACGUUCACCGUCAGCCUGGAGAUCAAGGAGGAUGAUGGCAAGGGUACAUUCAGCGCUGUAGCAAAAGACAAGGACAAGCAGAGCUUCAAGCUGCGUGCAGGAUUGGACAAGAAAAUUGUCAUUUACGUUCAGCAGACCUCCAACAAGGAACUGGCCAUUGAGAGGUGUUUUGGACUCCUGCUCAGCCCGGGGAAAAAUGUGAAGAACAGCGACAUGCACCUGCUCGACCUGGAGUCAAUGGGAAAGAGCUCAGACGGGAAGUCUUACAUCAUCACAGGAAGUUGGAACCCCAACACGCCUCAGUUCCAGGCUGUGAAUGAGGAAACGCCCAAAGAUAAAUUCAUGUACAUGACGACAGCAGUGGACCUGGUGAUCACAGAGGUCGAGGAGCCGGUCCGUUUCCUGCUGGAGACGAGGGUCAGAGUGUGUUCCCCAAAUGACAGGCUGUUCUGGCCCUUCAGCAAGCGUAGCUACACUGAGACCUUCUACCUUAAACUACGACAGAUGGAGCGUAAAGAGCGCAAGAGUCCUGCUUCUGACACACUUUAUGAGGUGGUGAGUUUGGAAAGUGAAACUGAGAGAGAAAAAAGGAAGACUACAGCUAGUCCCAGCAUCCUGUCCACCGGGCCUGGUACGAUGGUUCCUUCCCCACCUGAGGACGAUGAAGACGAAGAUAAUGACGAGCCUUUACUCAGCGGGUCAGGUGAUGUUUCAAAGGAGUGUGCAGAGAAGAUCCUGGAGACUUGGGGAGACUUAUUAUCCAAGUGGCAUAUGAACUUAUCAGUGCGUCCCAGACAGCUGCCAGCUUUGGUGCGGAGCGGCAUUCCCGAGGCGCUCCGUGGGGAAGUUUGGCAACUCCUGGCCGGCUGCCAUAACAACGACCACCAGGUAGAAGAGUAUCGCACUCUCAUUACAAAGGAGUCUCCUCAGGACAGUGCCAUCACCAGGGACAUUAACAGGACGUUUCCUGCACAUGACUACUUCAAAGACACUGGAGGAGACGGACAAGACUCGCUGUACAAAAUCUGCAAGGCUUACUCUGUUUAUGAUGAGGAGAUUGGCUACUGCCAGGGACAGUCCUUCUUGGCUGCUGUGCUGCUGCUGCACAUGCCAGAGGAACAAGCUUUCAGUGUGCUGGUCAAGAUCAUGUUUGAUUAUGGGCUCAGGGACCUUUUCAAGCAGAAUUUUGAAGAUCUACAUUGCAAGUUCUUUCAACUUGAGAGACUCAUGCAGGAAUACAUACCAGACCUGUACAACCAUUUCCUGAAUGUGGGUCUGGAGGCUCAUAUGUACGCCUCUCAGUGGUUCCUCACCCUCUUCACAGCCAAGUUCCCUCUUUACAUGGUCUUCCAUAUAAUUGACCUGCUACUGUGUGAGGGCAUUAGUGUGAUCUUCAACGUAGCCUUGGCACUUCUGAAGACAUCAAAAGAUGAUCUUAUCCAAACAGACUUUGAGGGGGCACUCAAAUUCUUUCGCGUCCCAGUUCCAAAGAGGUACCGCUCUGAGGAAAACGCAAAGAAACUGAUGGAGCUGGCCUGUAGCAUGAAGAUCAGCCAGAAGAAGCUGAAGAAAUUUGAGAAGGAGUACCACACCAUUCGGGAGCAGCAGGAGCAGCAGGAGGCUCCUAUCGAGAGAUAUGAGCGGGAGAAUCGCCGGUUGCAAGAGGCCAACAUGCGCUUGGAGCAGGAGAAUGACGACUUGGCACAUGAGCUCGUAAGCAGCAAGAUCGCUCUGCGCAAAGACCUCGACAACGCCGAGGAGAAGGCAGACGCCCUGAAUAAAGAGCUGCUGCUGACCAAACAGAAACUGGUGGACUCGGAGGAUGAGAAGAGGCGGCUGGAAGAAGAGUCUGCGCAGCUGAAGGAGAUGUGCCGACGAGAGCUGGAUAAGUCUGAAUCAGAGAUUAAGAAGAAUGGUUCCAUCAUUGGAGAAUAUAAGCAGAUCUGCUCCCAGCUGAGUGAACGACUAGAGAAACAGCAGACGGCCACCCGAGGAGAGCUGGAGAAAAUCCGAUCCAAAGUUGAAGGCUGCGAGAAGUGCAGCAGCCUUUUCAACAAAGAGGGUCGUGUUCGGGCCGCCGUUACCACGGCACCUGCAGGGGGAACCGAGGAGACGGACGAGGAGAAGGAGGGUCUGAAGAACCAGCUGAGGGAGAUGGAGCUGGAACUGGCCCAGACCAAACUGCAGCUUGUGGAGGCUGAGUGCAAAAUCCAGGACCUGGAGCACCAUCUGGGUCUGGCUCUGAAUGAGGUGCAGGCGGCCAAGAAGACCUGGUUCAACCGAACGCUCAGCUCCAUCAAAACCGUCACCGGGACCCAGGGCAAGGAGACCACCUAACCCCACACCCCCCUCCAGCCAGUUUUAACCCGACCACGUGUGGAGCUCAGUGCAACUCAUCACGCUGAAACCUCUGGACCCCUAACCCACCGGGCCAUAACUUUUAACAUUAACCGUUAAAUCCCAGGAUCACCUUUGCUACAGACCUAUGUUACUCUUAUCAGAAAAAUGUCCUUGUGUUUCCUUCGUCCCACCUGAUCUAAACGACACCGACCUCCCUCCUCUCCACCCCGAAUGACUACAGCCGACCAAUGCUGAUGAGAAGGGGUUGAAAACAGAAGAUGAAGUUCUCCCACAGAGACGCUGUGCUUCCACCGGUCCCAAAAAGACAAAGAAAGAGAAGAGAAAUGCGUCAUUGAUUUCUGUCUUUGUACUGCUGAUAUUAAAGACCCACAGAAGGAAGGUAAGGACAUCAGAACUGCAGCUGUCCUCACGGGAUAGAGAAGAAAACACUCCGUCCUUCCUUACCGCUCUGUGUGCUCCCCCUCUAAACUACUGGCACAAAACUACCAGUCCCUGUACAUUAAUUGUUUUGUUUUUGUUUGUUUUAGGUACGAGAGCUAAUAGACGCCUUUUCAAAACUGAGCUUUUUCUAAUUUACGUUGAACAAUACCUUUCUUUUUCUAUGUGUGUUCACGAAUGUGCUCAUGUAAAGAGGAUGUGUGCGAAAGUGCGCAUGUUAUUUUUGGUUUUUUUUGUGUUGAUCGUGAGUUGCGUGUGAGACCGUUUGGGAGGAAAAAAACGUUUGAAUGCAUAAAUAAUUGACUGAAAACGUGUCGCGUAAACUGUGUGUAUCAGAGGAAGCGGCAGAGAGCGCGUGAAAGUCUAAGGGAAAGAAAAAAGCACUAAGGUUACGAGUGUGUGCAUGCAUGUAAAGGGAAAAAAACUGCUUUUUCCUGGUUGUCUAGUUUCCUUUAAUGUUCAAAAUGUGUAUAUGAAUGAUGCUAAAGAGAAGUUUGCUGACAAAGCCUUGAUCUGAAAGGUCGAUAGAGAUGAUACCGGCGGAUAUGAAUAUGUAAUUUAUGGUAAAAACAGAAGCUUAAAAGCUGUUGUCACAAGCAGCAGCAGCAGCGUAACUCGCCUCACGUCAAAUUUCAGACAUAAGAAAAAAAAACACGCCCGAGGUUUGCUUGGUUUGGAUCUUCCAGCACAAAGAAAAUAAAAAAGGCUCCAAUCUGUGCCAACCUCGCCGUGUGUUAGAACGUUGUUGAAACCCAGAGUGAAGCAGCUUUUGUUAGAAACCAAACACAACGGGAAACGUUACAGGAAAACACACACAGAAAGCUGUAAUUCUUUCCACACACCCGUUAGAACCUCCUCGUCCUUUUCCUGGCACCAGCUGCUCUGCAACCUUUCACCUUUGACUCCCAUGUUGUGUUUACAAUCCAGUCAAACCUUUAGGAGAACACUAAACUAUAACAGAGACGCAUCACAUUUCUAUAAAAGCCCAGCAGCCUGCUUGUUACAGUCGCUCGUUGAUUAAACCCCUCACCUGUGUGGAUGAAAAAUUCAUAUUAAGGUGGUUUUUUCCCAAUGAAAAUGAUCCAGUCUUGCCUGAAGAUGGUUUAAGCAUAACUCUAUGCUGUUGCUUCCUUUACUUUCACCUCAAUGUUUAGCACCGUUGUGUCGCUGCAGCUCGAGCACACCAGCUCAUCUACUCUACGCUUCACAAUGUCAGGUAGUAUUGGAGUAAUUUAGCCGUACAUCCUAGACACAUGUUGACAGGAUUGGUCGCUUGGGUUGGUUACAUUUUAGACCCUAGAAGUCUGAAUCUGUGUUUUUGAGAUGGUGGAAACGCUCGGCCACUCGUGCGUCUUCUACAAUAUAAAAUGUACAGUUUUACUUGCCUGUAGAGCAGACAUCCAUGACAUCUGUAUGUGCAGACAAGGUCAAGAGAUUAGAAAGAGAUAUGUGUUUGGUUAUCAAGAUGAGACGGACGAUUGGAAAAGGUCAACUGUGAGUGGCUGGAAAACGUGUUUAAAACCAGCAGGAAGGCCACAAAAGGCAAGAAGUGAAAGGUGCAGAAAGACAUUUCAAUGCAUGGAUGGUUAAAUUUUGGUCUUCUUUUAGUUCUUGGUGAUACCUUGCUAGGCUGAUCACCAAACUACCUGAUUUUUUUUUGAUAGGAAAUGCCAAUUAAUGCAAGAAAUUGUCGUUUUUGUUGUCAUGUGCUGAUGGUAUUAUCACAGUUUGGCAUUAGAAUCUACUAUCUCAUGUAUGAAGGUAGAACCUGGUGGUGAUUGGAUAUGUAGAUGUUUUUUUCUAGUGAAAAUAAUCCAUUCCUGCCUGAAGAUGGCUUAAAUGUAACUCUGCGCUGUUGCUUCCUUUACUUUCGCCUCAAUCUUUAGCCCUGUUUUGUCGCCGGCUGCAGCUCAAGCACGCCAGCUAAUCUAGGACUCUGUUGAAACACUGUUAAGCUGCUUUAUGCUUCACAAUGUCAGGUAGUAUUGGAGUAAUUCAGCCAUACAUCCCAGACCUAGACUGAUUCUGAUGAAGAAAAAUGAUGCUGAUAGCCCCAUAGAUGGCUAAAUUUUGGUCUUGUUUUAGUUCUGGUGCUGCCUUGCUAGACUAAACACCAAACUGUCUGAUUUUUGAAGAGAAAAUGUCAUUUAAUGCAGCAAAUAGUCAUCUUAGUUGCCAUGUACUGAUGGUAUUAUCAGAACUUGACAUUCAUAUGUAGGUAGAACUGGUGGUGAUUGGAUUGUUGGCCUACAAUAGAAUCCCUUAGUGUCGGUAGCACAGAUAACUUUGUUCCUCUCUGGGUGCAUCUCCUCCGCCGUGUGAUAAAGCGUUGUCUCAAGAUGGCUCCGGAAACAUGACAGGAACUUGUAUUUUUUCCAGCUGCCUGCACUCGGCUCAGCGGAGCACCUUCGGGACGAGCAGGAACAGGAUAACGGCAGCACAAAAAGAAUCUCACAGCUCACAAAAAAAUCUGCAGGAAUUGAUCGGCUUUAUCAAACGGGCGCCGAGCAAAAUCCCCGUGAAACGUUUCCAACACCUUGAUAAAUUCGUGCCUCAGAGCCUUCGACGUGUUCGGGAGGCAGAAACAGAUGUUUGCCGAGGACGGAGAGGAUUUAAAUAUUCAGGCGGUGAAUGAGUGUGAGUGAAUGCGUUUAUAUAUGGUGUCAUGAAUGUAGGGGGCAGAAAAAGUCACACUCAUAAAGAUGCCAGUUGACGAGCAGAAGUGUAACUCUGCACCUCCAGCGUGGAUCGAUGUCAGCAGAGGUCAAACAGUUGCUCUAAAUUAGUCCGGAGAAGAUGGGUGGAGCUCGUAAAGUGCUUGUGUGCGUUUUCACAUUUAGCUGACUCAAAAUGGGGUUCAACAAUUUUGCAAUUUUAUUCCUAUUUCAGCAGAUAAAACUGAAAACAAAGCUUCUAAGAUUAACUUACUGUAAAUUGCAUCUUAGCUAACAUGAAAAGGUGGAAUCUGAUUGGCUGGAAUCUACUACAAAUCCCUCUAAAGGCACUGGGUUGUACAUAACGAACAUUUAAAAAAUGAAUAUUGAAGUUUUGUUUAUGAUUUUCUACUCCGUAACUAUAACUAAUGUUACUUGUACCCACCUACCUGCUGCUGUGCUACAGUUUAAUCCACAAUGUUUUAGUUUUUAAUGUUUUAUUUUCCUUUUAUUUUUGGUUUUCUGGCUUCGAGCUUCUCAGUCUGACUGCUGUUUGGUUAAUUAAAUGCCAAAACGUAGCUUUAUCAUCCAACGACAAAAGCAUUAUCAACGUGUGGAAAUUGUAAUAGUGUAGAAUGCAUUGUGUAUACUUCAUGAAUUUCAUUAUAAAGAUAUCAACACAACAAAAGCUUUGUCUCUUUCUGUUUUUGCAUCUUCCAUGAAAUAAACUAACAAACUUGU